AUCAUCCAUUCCAUUCUUUCCCUCAUUCAACGUAGUGUCCAAUGUCCUUUAACAACAGAAUAUCUGUACCACUCAUAGUUCCAAUUCUUGUUCAUCACGCACCUAACUUCAACAAAAUACUCUUGUUAUUGUCCUUUUAACUUUUUCAAUGGUCUCUGCUUUAUGCCUAACCCCUUCAUGUCUUGGUACUAAGAUUGUUUGUGCUCAAAAUUCAGAAUGUUUAGGUAUCAACUUAGAAACCAAUACCAAUCGAAGACAUUUGAGGAUCAAUUAUGUGUUCCAAGCCCCUCCCCCAGAUAAAUAUUUCCUUAUCACUACAAAGGCUUCAAAUGGCAACCAACCAAACACAAAACCAAAUAGUGUCAUUUGUGCUGAUUGUGAUGGAAAUGGAGCUGUUGUCUGCUCUCAAUGCAAAGGUAGUGGAGUGAACUCUGUUGAUAUUUUCAAUGGACAGUUUAAAGCUGGUGCCUCCUGUUGGCUUUGCGGAGGUAGGAAGGAGAUGUUAUGUGGGAAUUGCAAUGGAGCUGGUUUUUGUGGCGGCUUCUUGAGCACUGGUGAUCAGUAGGGAGGGCCGGCGAAUUCAGUACAUAUAUCAAAUAUUCAUCAAUUAUUAUAAACUUCAUAGAAUGGCAAAACAGCCUUAAUUUCCUACUAUGUACUACUGGUACAUUUUUAUUUAGUUAUCAUCUAUAACAGUAUAAAUAUUCAGCUGAUCACAAUUCACAGCCAUAAUUGAUGCUAAAUAGUAGUAAUAUAUAUCUCUUCAAGACUUUUGGUUCAUCUGAUUUUGAGUAUGAUGAGUAGCUUCAGAUUCAGAUUCAGAUUCAGAAUCCAUGUAAUGGAACAUGUGCUACCUUUUCCUUUUUUCUCCACAA